AAUAACCCAAAUGUUACCUAUGGUGGGUUUAAUGACUUUUUUUUAUCAAUUCAAGAAUCAACCCAAAUGUUACUUAAUGUGACUUUGAAACAAUGAUUAUAAAUUCAAAAAAUAACCCAAGUGUUACCUAAUGUGGCUUUUUAAUUACUUGGCGUCAACAUUAGCAAUUUAAGAAACAACCCAAGUGAAUAUAACUUUGCAACAUGUUUAUGAAUGCAAGAAACAACCCAAUUGUUUCUCGAAUGUAGCAUUGUGACUUUACAGCAACUUUAUGAAUUCAAGAAACAAUCCAAGUGUUACGUAGUGUGGCUUUAAAUGAAUUUGCAUCCGCUUUAUGACUUCAAGAAAUGACGACUAUGACUUUAAACGACUUACAUGAUUUUGUAGCAACUUUAUGAACUAAAGAAACCGCCCGGUUGCCCGCUUUAAAGGUUUUAAGGCAACAAAUAGUCCACUCUAAGCCAAAGUUGGUGUCUCACUGGAAGACCAUGUGAUUUUUCUCCCAGCCAAUCAGCAAAUAAAGGUAAUAACAAUGAACAAGGUACAAAACCCACAACCAGUGAAAUUGGCACGUUGUGUUAAUCGUAAAUAAAAACAGAAUACAUUGAUUUGUGAAUCUUUUUCACCCUAUAUUCAAUUGAACAGACUGCAAAGACAAGAUACUAAACUUUCGAACUGGUAAACUUUGUUAUUUUUUGCAAAUAUUAGCUCAUUUGGAAUUUGAUGCUUUCAACAUGUUUCAAAAAAGCUGGCUCAAGUGGUAAAAAAGACUGAGAAAGUUGAGGGAUGCUCAUCAAACACUUAUUUGAAACAUCCCACAGGUGAACAGGUUAAUUGGGAACAGGUGGGUGCCAUGAUUGGGUAUAAAAGCAGCUUCCAUGAAAUGCUCAGUCAUUCACAAACAAGGAUGGGGCGAGGGUCACCACUUUGUCAACAAAUGCGUGAAUUGUCGAACAGUUUAAGAACAACAUUUCUCAACCAGCUGUUGCAAGGAAUUCAGGGAUUUCACCAUAUAUAGGGGUAAGACUCUUGAACGCAUCAUAAUUAAAUUAUCCCCUCAAGUCCCCCCAAAAUGGAUUAACUUGCUGGAAUUAAAAAGACAAUAUAACAUACAUCCAUAAACGUGGACGCAUGUGAAAAAGUGCAAUAUAUUUAUCUGUACAGUAAUAUAUUUAUUUAUUUUAUAUAUAUGUAUUUAUGUAUUAUUUAUAUAUAUUUAUUUUUUUAUUUAUAUAUGCACCUUAUUGCUUUUUUAUCCUGCACUACUAUGAGCUUAUGUAACAAAAUUCCGUUCUUAUCUGUGCUGUAAAGUUCAAAUUUGAAUGACAAUAAAAAGGAAGUCUAGUCUAGUCUCUAGUUUAAGGAAAAAAAUAUAUGGUCCGAAGUAUCAUCAAAAGGUUUAGAGAAUCUGGAGAAAUCACUGCACGAUGCCUUAGGCAGUACUGCAUCAAAAGGCGACAUCAGUGUGUAAAGGAUAUCACCACAUGGGCUCAGGAACACUUUAGAAAACCACCGUCAGUAACUACAGUUGGUCGCUACAUCUGUAAGUGCAAGUUAAAACUCUACUAUGGGUUGUACUUGUAUAGCGCUUUUCUACCUUCAAGGUACUCAAAGCGCUUUGACACUACUUCCACAUUUACCCAUUCACACACACAUUCACACACUGAUGGAGGGAGCUGCCAUGCAAGGCGCUAACCAGCACCCAUCAGGAGCAAGGGUGAAGUGUCUUGCUCAGGACACAACGGACAUGACAAGGUUGGUACUAGGUGGGGAUUGAACCAGGGACCCUCGGGUCGCACACGGCCACUCUUCCACUGCGCAACUAUGCAAAGCGAAUGCCAUUUGUCAACAACACCCAGAAACGCCGCCGGCUUCGCAACGUGCCAACUUCACUGGUUUUGGGUUUUGUAUUAAUAAAUAUGAUAAUGUGGCAUAAUCCUUGUUGGAAAUAUACUUAUGAUUAGUAAAUAAACAUUGUUAAAAAAAUAAAGUAGUUUCUUAGUGCGGCUUUAAAUGCCUCCCCCUUACCUUAACUCGGUUAAAAGAGACAAUCCUUUUUACUACUUACUGCAUCUUUAAAUGCCUCAACUAUAAAGACACGAGCAAGUGCUCGACUCUAAAACGUAAUUCCUGGAUUUAUUGAAUUUGAAAUAGUAUAAUAAAAAAUGUUUAUCAAGUGGAUGGGGGUUAUAAAAUAGAUUUUCUGGCCUAACUGAGCACUUUUAUGAAGAAAUCAGCUUCAUGAGGCCGAUUAGGCUCAAUAAAAAGAUGCUGGGAUUUACAAGAAGAUGGUUCCUGGCUGGGUCUACAUCAAUCCUGGCCGGAAUGUUCCUGCGGGACCUCGGAGAGACGGACGGCGGAGUCUUCAGACCAAAAAAGGAGAGGAUCAGCGGGGGCCCUUCAAGCGGAGCGCGCAGGGAGGGAGGGUGACGGCCGCCAGCCUGGAAGCUGUCUGCGGGGAGGAUGGAGAUCUUUCUGGAAAGCACAAAGCGAAAGGAAGCUCUGCUGUAGCAACCAAACAGUGAAGAAGAGCGGCGACAGGAAGAGGACGUCCUCGCUGUUGAAGGGGCAUGCCGCUCAACGUGGUUCUGACCGGGCCGGCCCCCUGGGGCUUCCGUCUGGUGGGGGGCAAGGACUUCAACCAGCCGCUGACCAUCUCCAGGAUCACUCCCGGCGGCAAGGCGGACGUCGCCAGCCUGUGCGCGGGCGACGUGAUCGUGGCCAUCGAGGGCUCGCCGGCCGCCGACAUGCUGCACUGUGACGCCCAGAACAAGAUCAAGGAGGCCAGCAGCCAUCUCUCUCUCAGCGUGGAAAGAAACGAAGCCAGGCUGUGGUCGCCGCGGGUAACGCAGGACGGCAAAGUCAGCCCAUUCAAACUCAACCUGGCAUCCGAGCAGCAGGAGCACAAACACAUCGGCGUGGCUCACAACCGCCAAGCUCAGCCCUUCGUGGCGGCGGCCAACAUCGACGACAAGCAUCAGGUGGUCAGCACAGCCUACAACACGCCCAUCGGCCUCUACUCGUCCGGGAACAUCCAGGACGCCAUGGAGGGACAGAUGAAGGGAAUUGUCUUGCCUAAGGCCGAAAGCCCGAGGACGUUAGCGAACAUCGAGGACUCGGACGUCUACCGCAUGUUGCAGAAGGACGACGACGAGCCCACGGAGCCACGACAGUCGGGGUCCUUUAAGGCUCUGCAGGACUUUGUGGAGAGCGACGGCACUCGGCCGAUGGUGACCAGAACGGUUAAAGCUCCGACUACCAGGGCGGUCGCACCAGCAGGAAAUCUGCAGAAGCUUCCCAUCUGUGACAAGUGCUGCAAUGGCAUCGUUGGGACGGUGGUGAAAGCCCGGGACAAAUUCCGUCACCCCGAUUGCUUCGUGUGCUCCGACUGCGACGUCAACCUGAAACAAAAAGGUUAUUUCUUCGUGGAAGGUCAGCUUUACUGCGAGGGUCACGCCCGGGGGCGAAUGAGACCCCCCGAGGGUCACGACCUCAUCACCACCUUCCCUUCUGCGUAGUUUCCUGCCCUCCGUCGGUCUUUGGCUUACUUCGGUCGGACGACAACGGUCAUGUCAACACCAUCUUCACGCUAAUAAAGACACAUUGUCAUCA